AUGAGUUGCCCAGAAGACAUUUAUCGAAAAAAUCUGAAGAUGGUCCAUGGCUACCCCAUGGUCUAUGCUUUCACAGACAACUGGGAAAGGAUUGAACAGUUUCAGAGCAAGCCAGAUGACAUUGUGAUAAUCUCUUACCCUAAAUCAGGUACCACUUGGAUUAGUGAAAUUGUGGACAUGAUUCUAAACGAUGGAAAUGUUGAAAAAUGUAAGCGAGAUGUUAUUACUUCUAAAGUUCCAAUGCUGGAAUUGAAUAUACCUGGACUAAGAAUAUCAGGUAUAGAGCAGUUAGAGACGAAUCCAUCGCCUCGAUUUAUAAAGACACAUCUGCCAACUGAUCUACUUCCUAAAUCAAUGUGGAGGAACAAUUGCAAGAUGAUUUAUCUGACUCGAAAUGGCAAGGAUGUUGCAGUCUCAUAUUAUCAUUUUUAUUUAAUGCAUACCUUACUACCUCUCCCUGGCACCUGGGAAGAAUAUUUGGAAAAUUUCAUGACUGGAAAUGUGGCCUAUGGCUCGUGGUUUAAUCAUGUUAAAAGUUGGUGGAAAAUAAAGGACCACCAUCCAGUACUUUUCUUGUACUAUGAAGAUAUGAAAAAGAAUCCAAAGGAGGAAAUCAAGAAGAUUGCUAGAUUUCUAGCAAAGACCUUGAAUGAUGAGAUGUUGGAUAGGAUUAUUCAUCACACCUCUUUUGAAGUGAUGAAGGACAAUCCUCUGGUCAAUUACACACACCUUCCCACAGCAGUGAUGGAUCACAGCAAGUUCUCUUUUAUGCGCAAAGGGAUUGUUGGUGACUGGAAGAAUUACUUCACAGUGUCCCAAAACGAGAAAUUUGAUGACAUGUAUAAGAAGGAAAUGUCGGGAACUAGACUUCAGUUCAUCACAGAGUUUCAAAAUGCUUAA